AUCUGCCGGGAUGGUGAGGCAGUGCGAUCCGGACUGGGUGGAAGCCUUCUUUGUAACAAACAGUAGGGCAGGGGCAGAAGAACCCUGAACUCGCCUCUCAGGCGGAUCUGACCAAGGCCAGCUCUCACCCUCACGUUCCUAAGUAGCAUCAAGGCAAAAGAUCUUUUCUGGACCGCGUUUCUCAGCAGCUCAGAUCCGGGAGCCCCCAGCCGCAGGCGGAGGGCGUCGGGGGUUAAAGCAUUAACCCCUCCCAGUCUCUCCCUAAAGAAGCCGCCCUGCCUUAGCGCGGCGGCGCUAGGCGACUUCGCUUCGCGGGCAGGAGCGGGCCGCGGAGGACGGGACAGGCCAUUGGAGUGCACUGCUGCGGAGGGAGGGGACCCCGACUCCAGUAAGUUUGCAAGAGCACGACGCAGUCAGUCGGGGGCAGCAGCAAGAUGCGGAGCGCGCGGUGCAGACCCGGAGCUCUCCGAACGCAACUUCGCCCCGCCUGAGCGAGGCUGCGGUUUCCGAGGCCCUCUCCAGCCAAGGAAAAGCUACACAAAAAGCCUGGAUCUCCCACUGAACCACCCCUGCGGCGGCGACUGAAGUCUCUCUCGGCCUCGCCCUCUAGCGUUCGUCUGGAGAAGCGCCACCCCCGGGUUCCUGGGGACACAGUGUGCCACCAUGGGGUCCACCAGCAGCCCGCUGCUCAAGGCCCUCCGCAGCGUCUCUGAUUAUGGCAACUAUGACAUCAUCGUCCGGCAUUACAACUACACGGGGAAGCUGAAUAUCAGCGCGGACAAGGAGAACGCCAUUAAACCCACCUCGGUGGUGUUCAUUCUCAUCUGCUGCUUUAUCAUCCUGGAGAACAUCUUUGUCUUGCUGACCAUUUGGAAAACCAAGAAGUUCCACCGCCCCAUGUACUACUUUAUUGGCAACCUGGCCCUCUCAGACCUGUUGGCAGGAGUGGCCUACAUAGCCAACCUGCUCUUGUCUGGGGCCACCACCUACAAGCUCACCCCCGCGCAGUGGUUCCUGCGGGAAGGGAGUAUGUUCGUGGCUCUGUCUGCCUCGGUGUUCAGCCUCCUGGCCAUCGCCAUUGAGCGCUACAUCACCAUGCUGAAGAUGAAACUGCACAACGGGAGCAACAGCUUCCGCUCCUUCCUGCUGAUCAGCGCCUGCUGGGUCAUCUCCCUCAUCCUGGGCGGCCUGCCCAUCAUGGGCUGGAACUGCAUCGGCGCGCUGCCCAGCUGCUCCACCGUGCUGCCGCUCUACCACAAGCACUAUAUCCUCUUCUGCACCACGGUCUUCACGCUGCUCCUGCUCUCCAUCGUCAUCCUGUACUGCAGGAUCUACUCCUUGGUCAGGACUCGGAGCCGCAGGCUCACCUUCCGCAAGAACAUUUCCAAGGCCAGCCGCAGCUCCGAGAAGUCGCUGGCGCUGCUCAAGACGGUGAUUAUCGUCCUGAGCGUGUUCAUCGCCUGCUGGGCCCCACUCUUCAUCCUGCUCCUGCUGGACGUCGGCUGCAAGGUGAAGACCUGCGACAUCCUCUUCAGAACGGAGUACUUCCUGGUGUUGGCGGUGCUCAACUCCGGCACCAACCCCAUCAUCUACACCCUGACCAACAAGGAGAUGCGCAGGGCCUUCAUCCGCAUCAUGUCCUGCUGCAAGUGCCCCAGCGGAGACUCCGCGGGCAAAUUCAAGCGGCCCAUCAUCGCGGGCGUGGAGUUCAGCCGCAGCAAAUCGGACAACUCGUCCCACCCCCAGAAGGACGACGGGGACAACCCAGAGACCAUCAUGUCUUCUGGAAACGUCAACUCUUCUUCUUAAAAAACUGGAAGCUGCCGACCCACCGGAAGCUCUUGCAAGGUCACCCACCACCCCAGCGUUUGGGGAAAAAAAAAAAAUCUCUGGGCUUCCACCGCUGCCAGGGAGGAGCUGCUGCGAGCCAGAGGGAGGAGGAGGGAGAACGCGGACGGCCUGGUGGUGCCGGGUGUCGGUGGGUAGCGUUAGUUCCUGUGAACAAUGCACUGGGAAGGGUGGAGAUCAGGUCCCGGCCUGGAAUAUAUUUCCUCCCGCCCCCACCCACCCCUUGGAGCUUUGAUUUUGCACUGAGCCAAAGGUCUAGCAUUGUCAAGCUCCUGAAGGGUUCUUUUGGCCCCUCCUCAAAGACUGGUAUCCCCAUGUGAAAGCGUCUCUUUGUCUGGAGCUUGGAGAAGAUGCUUUCUUUCACUUUAGUUCCAAACCCAAGUGAGUGUGUGCACUUCUGCUUCUCUAGAGAUGCUUUGCGUGCCCCGCCCUCCCUCCUCAAAACUCUUUGACUUUAUAUUUUAACUACCUGGCAUUCAUCAGACCCGAAUCUGUGGCGUGGUCCAUUUCCUGAUUAUCUGUGGCAGGGAGGCUGCGUGGAGGAGGUAGGCGGCGAGGAGAUGGAGGAGGUUUGGAGGUAUAGAGCAAUUUUCGUUUGCUGAGGCCAAAGGAUGUAAGCAGGAUCAAUUUUUUGAAUUUGGCUGAAGGCACUUUGAUUUUUAUUUUUAUUUUUUUUAAAAAACAGUCUUUCAAUGAAAUGUGUUGCAGUUUCAUAUUCACUGUGGCUGAAGUCUGCAGUAAGGAGUUCCACUUUAUCUAAAUGAUACCAGCCAGGAUCCUUAGUGUCAUAGGAGAAGCAAAUAAGCAAAACAAGGUGAAAACUGACAACCAGGUUAACUUUCGUAAACCAAGGGAGAUUUCCUAAUGAAUUAGUCUAACAAAUGCAAAAUCUGUCUUUGGCACUUUUUGUUGAUGUUUAUUUCAGAGUGUUGUGUGAUUCAUUUCGAGCAACAAGAUGUAUUUCGUUGUGUGAAAAGUACUUUUUAUGAUUUUUGAAUGUAUUUGUUUCAGUGGAGAUCAUUUUAUUGGAUUUUUUUCUAACCUGUGUUAACACCAUUGAAUGUGUAUUUCUCAAGAAAAUACCACCCUCUUGUGCCCUUAAAAAAAGCAUUACUUUAACUGAUAGGGAAUACCACAAGUUUUUCAGUUCAGCUGUUCAUUAGAUAGUAAUUGAAGAUAUGUAUAAAUAUUACAAAGAAUAAAAAUAUAUUACUGUCUCUUUAGCAUGGUUUUCAGUGCAAUUAAACCAAGAAAUGUGUUGUUUUUUUUAAAAAUAGUAUUUAAUAGGUUUCUGACUUUUGUGGGUCAUUUUGCACAUAGCUUUAUCAACUUUUAAACAUUAAUAAAUUGAUUUUUUUUAAAGAUCCUUUUGUGAAGAGCAUUUUUGAAAAUAAUUAUUGAGACAUUCAUUCUAUUUGACUUUGUGGCUCUUUGGAAUCAAAGUUAAGGGCAAGUUUUUCUUAUUCUUUAAAGCAUUUUUACCUUGAUUAACUAGGGUGUGAAAAGAAUGUGGUUUGUUUAGAAACCGCUCUAUCUUUUUCAGGAAGAGAAACUUCAAUAAGUUAACACUGAAGAGUAGUAAAGAAUGAGAUUAAAACCACCAACCUUCUGAAUACCACAUUGGCAAGUAAAUGUAAUUGUUUGAAUAAAUCUCAUUCAAGUCAAACUAAAUUAAGUUCAAAAUUCUGUCCUAAAAUGUAGAUUUUUAAAGAAAUAAUAUAUAACAAUGUGGUUGAAAAGCUAAUUUAAAUUAGGAGACUCAAUGAUAAGUUCAAAAAAGCAUACAUUCUUGGCUUUCCACCCACAUGCUAGGGAAGUAGAGGUAUGAAUAUGGGAGAUAAUAAAUCAUUUUAUUUUUUUCAGGACACUGUCUUGGCUUCUCCCAGCCUUUCUUCUGAACCCUAUACAAGUAUACAAUGUUGAUGAAGUAGCUAGUGGUAGAAUGUGAGUAGCAUACCACCUUUCAUCUGAAAACUUUCAAUUCAUAGUAUCUAAAAGCUUUAACAUUCCCAGUCAUUAAUGUCUCCAACUACAAAAUGAAAGCAAAGUACUUUGCAGUCAUCACAGAAUUACUGUAAUAGUUAAUUCUUGUUUUGAUAUUAUUGCCAUCUUGGAGGAUUAAAGUAAGUGGGUUGGCUCUCCAGUUCUAUUGUUACUUUCAGAAUUUGUGCUUUCAAAUGUCAUUGCAUAUGCACAGGACACAGUUGGGACAUGAAGAUAAACCUCACCUAAUAGAGCAGAUGUCAUUUCUGGGUAAGGUUAACUGUGGGAAACAGAAGUAUGUUCACUAAGGAAACCUUAGGUCACAACCUCCAGUUUCCUGAAGGAAAUGCCAAAAAUGCUCCAAAGACAAAAGGCUGGAAACAAACUGGAAUGUCUCUAUCCAUCUGUCUGCUGAGGCGGAAGGAAUGAUUUCAUGUUACACUCACUUCCUAGGGCUUUCAUUACAGAGUCAAACAUAAUGGAAAA